AUGUUUAAGAUCACACAAAGAAGCUUGCAACGCCAAUUUUCUACCAGUUCGGUAUCAUUUAAACCGGCAGUGGCUGCCACCAAUGCAGGAUAUUUCACAACUGGGGGUUCUACCACAUCUGUGUGGCCAAAGGGAUUCCGUGUACCACAACCAAAAACCUGGGAAGAAUCAAGUGAAAGUGCACUCUCCAAGGCUACGAAAUUCUUCUUUUUAAAUGAAGUUGCCAGAGGUAUGUACAUUUGUUUGGAAAUGUACUUUAGAAACCCAUACACAAUUUACUACCCAUUCGAAAAGGGGCCAAUAUCUCCAAGAUUCAGAGGUGAACAUGCCUUAAGAAGAUACCCAAGUGGUGAAGAAAGAUGUAUUGCUUGUAAAUUAUGUGAAGCCAUUUGUCCUGCACAAGCCAUCACCAUUGAAGCUGAAGAAAGAAUUGAUGGUUCUAGAAGAACUUACAAGUACGAUAUCGAUAUGACCAAGUGUAUUUACUGUGGGUACUGUCAAGAAUCUUGCCCGGUCGAUGCCAUUGUAGAAAGUCCAAAUGUUGAAUAUACCACUGAAACCAGAGAGGAAUUGUUGUACAAUAAGGAAAAGUUAUUGGACAAUGGAGAUAAGUGGGAGCAAGAAUUACAAUACUGUUUAGAUGCUGAUGCUCCAUAUAGAUAA